AAACAAAACAAAAAUACCAAAAGAAGAUACAAAAUGAACUUUCCAAAAUACAUUGGUUAGUCCAGAUCUACAACUAUAGUGGUUUUGAGAAAUCUUCUUCUUUCACUUCAUCUCAGCCCCUUCAGCUUCUUUCCAGCGAGGUAGUCACCCUUGGUGGCGAUUGACCGGAAUACCAACAACCCCAGCAUCACUCAGAUCCAGCUCACCGGUGACUAGGGAGUUCUUAGUAAGCAAUUUAAUCUUUGUUGUGUUGUACUCCACCAUGUCUUGUAUCAUGCCUUCUUUUCCUUAACUGUUAGUGUUGCAACUAGACGGAGAGAUCAUCAAUUUUAUCUUUGAAUCCCUGUAUGAAUGUUAUAUUUUAUUCAUGUGUACGCUCUGUUCACUGAUUCUUGAUUGGCCUAGUUCAGGUCAAAACCUAAUUUCGUGGAUAAAUUGUAGCUCUUCUAUUUCAAAAUCAAUUUUGGGGAUUUCUUGUUAUAUCGAGUUUCACGAUAAAUUAUGGCUAUAAAUCUUUCGAAAAGCUUGGAAUCAAGUUAGUUUUUCUGUGUUAGAGCCUUGAGAUACGUAUAUGGCUGGUUAUAGUGCAUACCAAUUGGAUCCCGGUCCACUUGAACUAUCAGUAUUAACUCAACAACUUACCCAUAGGUCACGGGAUAUAUGGGAUGGAAAUGUUAAUGUGAUUUUAAAUACGAGGAGGUGUGAUGGAAAAUUUUGGGACCUCGUAAAGAAAUAUCCCAUUCAUCCACGAGUCUUAGAAGUAAUUGAAUUAUCAGGAUUAUAUGGUGUUUAUAGAUCAAAUCGACCUAGUAUUGAUCGUAGCUUGAUCACUUCACUAGUAGAGAGAUGGCGUCCUGAGACUCAUACGUUUCACUUUAGGACGGGUGAGGCGACAAUCACCUUGCAAGAUGUAAAAGUGUUGUAUGGCUUACCUGUGAAUGGUGAUCCAGUACUUGGUGAUGAGUCGAUAAGGAUCAUAGGGGAUUGGCAAAAUAUUUGUCAAAGAUUGUUAGGUUUUAUUCCACGUCCUCAAGACUUCAAUCGUAGUAGCCCCAAAGUAACUGCACUUAAUGCACAUAUGCUCGAGCAACUACAGUUACCUGACUUGGCAACACAAGAUAUGAUCAAUCAAAUGGCUAGAUGUUACAUGUUUUGGAUGAUUGCUGGUAUGAUGAUGGCAGAUACAUCUGGCAACUAUUUAAAGCUUAUGUUCCUUCCUAUGCUCAAGGAUCUCAAUGUAGUUAGCUCUUAUAGUUGGGGUAGUGCAACCUUAGCGUGCUUGUAUCGAUUUCUCUGUAAGGCCUCACAGAGUAACCAAAACGAGAUAGCUGGAUUUCUACCACUACUCCAGAUUUGGGCAUGGGAGAGAGUUAUUGUCCUCAAACCUCAGGUAAUAGCACAAAGGGACACCGAAAAUAAUUUUCUUGCUGGUUUACCUAGGGGUCCACGUGCUACUAGAUGGUUUGCACAUUUUAGUUGGACUGAUACCACUAAGCAUGUGUUGAAAGUUUUUAGGGAUGCACUUGAUUCCAUGACAGAGGAUCAGUUUAUUUGGGAACCAUAUUCGGAUGACUUAAUUGAGAAUCUUCCUGAUUAUUGUCGAAUUGGACGAGACAUAUGGCGUGUUAGAGCUCCAAUUUUUUGUUGGGAUGUUGUCGAGGUUCACUUGCCUGAUCAAGCUAUGAGACAAUUUGGAUUGAAACAAACGAUACCAACUUCAUUUCUAUUUGACGCCACACAUUUUCACCAUGAUCGUAGGGGCAGACCAAAUACAAAUUGGAAGUUGGAGCAUGCACAAUGGUUGCCUUUUUGGAACCAACGACUUCAAUAUAUUUGUGAUGCAUCGCUCAAUCGUGAACCACUUCGAUAUGAUGACUCUUACCUUAUUUGGUUCAGACGCAUUACUCGUCUUGUUAUCGGUAAUCCUACUCAGCGUCCUCAACAACAAGAAGGUUAUGUACCAAAUUCAAUGGCAUAUGAAACAAUGGUGCGUCAUAUUCAUUCCAUGGUUGAUAGAGCGAGAGCACUUGGUGAUCAGCCAUCAGUGGAGGAUUUAUACAUAUUUCGUGCAAUGGUCCGGAAUGAAGGAGAAAAAUGUUUGACAUAUGUGCACGAGGCUGAUAGGAUUAAUGUACAAGGCGAUUAUAGAAGAGAUGAGGUACAUGAUAAUCAUUUACAUUCCCCUGUUCGUAGGCGAGGAAAAGGUGGUGUUGCUGGUAGGAUGGCUCGUGCUGUUGAGAAAGGACGAGCGCCUAUUGAAAUGGACAAAUCAGUCUCCGAUAAUAAUCACACAACUUCUGAUAUUGGUUCAAUUUCAAGGGGCCAAACUCAGGAGUUCACUCCUGGGGCAUCAGGUAUGACAUAUCAACCAACAAAUAUUGAUAUUGUCCCAUACACGACGUCACAAAUAUUAAGGAAUCCAAGUCUUUCGUCACUUGAGAAUGUAUUUGAUGGUUCUCGGCCUCAAUAUUUUGAUAAUGCCCCCAAUUUUAACUCGUCACCUGGGCUGCCAAUGUCCAUUGAGACCCCUGAUGUUGUUAAUCAUUUAGAGGACUCCAACAAUAAUAUAGAAAGUAAUGAGUUGGAUGAUUCCAACGAUGAAGUGGAGAAUGCAAACGAAUGUAGUGAACCAUCAGUGAAUGAGAAACGUACAAUUUUUCCUAAGCGUUGUGGGACUGGUACUAUUAACAUCUUUAUAUUAUUUUUUGACAUAAAUGCUCCUCUUUUUAGUUGA